GACUUUGACCUGUUUCAACCUCCACCCUUCCCACCAACUUCAAUAUUUAAACCAACAUAAAAAUCAAAAUGUCAAGACAAAACAGCGCAAACCAUAAUGGUAAAACCGUCUCUAUGAGCCAGACUAUGAACCAACAAUUGCCUACUUCGUAUUCUCAGGAGUCAAAGAACGAAUGGGUCACUGGAACUUCCGAUCCGCAUCGAUUAUCAAAAGUUUAUGAAAGAGUUAGAGAAUCGAAGGACAUUUUUGGAAAGUAUCUUUCUUCUAGAGGAAGACAGGAAAGAAGAGACAACAAGGAGUUUGCAAACCUUCUCAAAGAAAGAGAACGAAGAUCUGCUGAAGAUCGCAGAAAAGUACUCGAGAGGAGGCGUAGAGAUGAGGAGACGAGACGUAGAGAAAGGUUGGAAAAGAUAUUAGAAGAGAAAGAUAAAGUACGAGAGAAAAAGAGAGUACAAGAGAUAGAACGGACUGGUGGCUGGUAUCAGCAUGACCUAGAGCACAAAGAAAAAAGAAGACAACAGAAAGAAAUAUCCAGAAGAAUAGCAGCAUUACCACCCGGACAAAGAUUGCGUGAGGAAAGACAAAUCGCAAAAAGAUUAGAAGAGGAAAGGAUCCAGAAGGAUAAAUCUCGAAAGGAAAGAAUAGCAAAAGAGCUCAACAGAUUGAAACGAGAAGACGAUAUAAAAGAAGGGAAAAGAUUGUUGGAAAAUUACAGGUGCCGAGAAGGAGAAAGGCUAGGAGAGGAAAGUCAACUCUUGCGUUUGGAUAAUGCAUGGGAGCGUGUAUUUGAUGUUCGAAGAGUAGAUGUCCGAAAAUGGGUAUUAGGAUUGACAUAUCGACCAGAUGAUUAUCCUGUUGUGCCUUUUUAUAAUCGUGUAGGAACUCGUCCUUCGGUGCCGCUACCACGACAAAGUUCUUUUGUGCCUCAACUUCAUCAAUCUGCUCCACCUCCUCCACCCUCUCAGCCGCCUCAGCCUCCCCAGCAUCAUCAAUCUCAUCAGAAUCUUCCCCCUCCUCGCCGUCUUGCUCCGUCUCGUUCCUACAACAGUAAUUCUCCACCAAGAACCAAAUCUGAAUGCAUUCCACCGCCACUGCCACCACCUCGCAGAACUCACUGCCACCACAAUCACGACCUUCGCGAACCCCGCUCUUCAAGACGCAGUCAAAGUCAUCAUCCAGACUCAAAGCAUGCCUUAACAAAAUCAAAUAUUGCACAACACAAUGAAAAAACAAAAACUUACCCAUAAACAAAACACCAGCCGCAACAAGACAAUCCAGAUCUGAAUACAAAGAUAACA